UGUUGUAGUUUGCAGGAGCUGCCUGAAGCAGGACGUGAACUGAACUGCUCGCUUUGCUUCCUGUCUGAACGCCUUGUUCUGGUUUUCUGCGCAAAAAAAACUCAACAUGGUCCAGCGAAACUAAACCAGCUGCCCGGUGCUGUUGGAGAGACGAGGCGCUCACCGUGAUGCUCGAUCGGGCCGAGGAGUGAAGCACAUUCCUGAAGGAGUCGACGGCUGCUGUCUUAAGCUUAUGAGAAACCAGCCUGCUCACACCAUGCCCGUCAAGAUGGCCGCCAACUUUUCUUGCCCUCACUGGAACAACUUGGGACAAGGAUGUGUGUUGCCAUGGUGAUCAUUUUCAAGAAAACACUGGAAAAGAAGGGCGCCGAGGAUGUAACGUCCAAAAGUGCAAAUUUGGGCCCGUUCCAGGCACAGACCAUGAGCCAGGGGACCGCUCUUUUCUCUUGUGGACUCAUGGAGACAAGCCGAUGGCGUGAGGUGGGUCACAGCUGUUCCCUACAGCCGAGGCCAGUUGGGACCAGCCUGGAGAGCCUGUGGGACGUCCUGCCUGAGGUGCACAAAAGCUCCGCCCACUGGGGCUGGGAUGUUGGCUCCACUUCAACCACAAUCACCAGCUUGUUGCACGACCUCAGCCUGACUGAGGCUGCGUCCUCGCACUCCACUGCACCUCCCAGCAAGCGGCAGUGCCGCUCCCUGUCCUGCUCGGAUGAACUUGGCGGUUGCCGCUCUACCUGGCGGCCUCAGGGCUCUCGUGUGUGGACAACGGUGGAGAAGAGGAGAUGCCACAGCGGAGGCAGCGUCCAGCGUAGCGGAGUGGGGAACGCGCAACUCGGCUUCCCGGCCAUGCAGCGGAGCUCCAGCUUCAGCCUUCCUGCUCGCUCCAACACCCUGGAGCUGCCCUGCUUCACCCAGCAUCUCCCCCGCCCCUCCGCCUUCACCGGCCUGACGCCCUCCUCCUCCAUGAUCAUAUCCUCCGAGCCCUCAGCGCAGCCCCUCUACCUCUCUCAUGAACAGAUCUGCCUCCCUGAGCCUCGUGGACCCUCGCCACACAGCUCUCCUGACUCCACGCCAGAGCUAGAGCGCCGCGGUGGACAGGGGGGUCUAGCCCGUAGUCGCUCACAGCCGUGUGUCCUCAACGACAAGAAAAUUGGUGUGAAGCGCAGACGACCAGCUGACACACACAAACAGAGGCCUUCUUUGGAUCUGGCAAAGAUGACCCAGAAACUUCGGAAUUUCCACAGCCUUAGCUGCCCUGGAAUCACAGUGGAAGACAGCUGCGAGUCGAGUCAGGCCCUCCCCACUCUCAGGAGCACCUCUCAGUGCGACACUGAUGACUCAUCAGCAAACAUACACGGCUCGGAGGACGUUCAGCCUCGGACCAAAGAGGGCGAGAUCACCAGGAACGUGCCGUCAGACCCCACCAUCGAGGAGGUGGACUGGAUGCCAGGGACGACCAAUGGGAAGGACAAUGAGCCCCUGUGGGCGGGGCUGUGUAGCAUGAGGAAGGAUGUUUAUCAGCUUGGAGGCGAGCUUGACAUUGAGCAAAUUGAGAGGAACUGAGCUGGACUGUCUUUCUCUCGGUGGACGCUGAUUUCGGGGACUGAAAGUUUAUCACCAGGUGGUACAGUAAACAGUACUGAUAGUCUUAAGGAUAAAGCAAGUGGAAAGCUAAUGCAGCGAGUGUUGCAGCACUUGUUUUUUGUUUUUUUCUAAAGGAGAGAUUUAGCAGGAGCUUUGUGGGCUAAACCCCUAUUUUUGGAGGCUUUGUGUAGUCAGAAGCUACUCCCACACUGUGUGUUAUCUCAACUGUGUCUCAGGAGAACAAGGAAGUCGGGGAGGACGGAUUCGGGUGGAGAUAAUAGAACUGAUAAAUAUAAAAAUGAUAUAUUAAUGUUGGCUCAGAGACUGGGGUCUUUAACAUUUCUCUGUAACCCUGAUUACCUUCAUUGUACUACGUCUGGAGAGAAUUCACAGCAGGUUUGUAUAAAUUCUCUGCACUAGAAAGAGUGUCCGUUCCUGUGACGUUCUUCAAUAGUACAUGAGUACAUGAUGGACAGAAAUGAAGACUACUUCGAGAGCUACUGUUAGUAAAACCCCUUUCACUCUUACUGAGCAACAAGCUGCACGCACACACAACCUGUAAAGUAUAUUGAAGAGCUUAACAUUUCACACAGUAACAUCAAGCUUCUCUCUUGAGAUCUAUGCUCCCCUUUGUGUGAGAGGAACUUUGUGAUGCUAAUAGCGUUAAUAUUCUUUCUUUUUACGAUUUGUAACUACAAAGUUAUGUAAAACAUGAGCAUAUUUCUAUACGAAUAAAACACAGUUUUAAAUGUGUCA